AUGACAUUUGUGAACAACGAGCUGAAGAGGUACAAGAGGAUUCUUAGUCCAGAACUCCCAGAAGGCUUUGAGAGUCAGAAGCAGGAUAAGGAAGUGGUGGAUGCUGAAGAUGAGAAGCAGGAGAGCAGUGCCAGAGAGGGAGCUCUGAAGAUCACACUGCACGUCCUGAGGAAAAUGAACCAGAAGGAGCUUGCUGACACACUGGAGAAAAAUGAGCUUGCUGUGAUUUGUCAACGUGAACUCAAAUCUAAUCUGAAGAAGUUUCAAUGUGUAUUUGAGGGGAUCGCUAAACAAGGAAACCCAACACUUUUCAAUAAGAUCUACACAGAGCUCUACAUCACAGAGGGUGGAACAGGAGAGGUCAAUAAUGAACAUGAGCUGAGACAGAUUGAGACAACAACCAGGAAACAAGCAAGACCAGAGACUGCAAUCAAAUGUAACGACAUCUUCAAACCCUUAACUGGACAAGACAAACUUAUCAGAACUGUGCUGACAAAGGGAGUCGCUGGCAUUGGAAAAACAGUCUCUGUGCAGAAGUUCAUUCUGGACUGGGCUGAAGGAAAAGCAAAUCAGGAUGUCCAAUUUGUAUUUUCAUUCCCUUUUCGGGAGCUGAAUUUGAUGAAAGGGGAAAAACACACUUUGAUUGAACUUCUCAAUCACUUCUCAAUGGAAACCAAAGAAUCAAGAAUCUCCAACUACGACAAGAACAACGUUCUGUUCAUCUUUGAUGGUCUGGAUGAGUGCCGACUGCCCCUAGACUUCCAGAAGAACAAGAUCUGUUGUGACGUCACCAAGUCAACCUCAGUGGAUGUUCUGCUGACAAAUCUCAUCAAGGGAAAUCUGCUUCCCUCUGCUCUCCUCUGGAUAACUACCCGACCUGCAGCAGCCAAUCAGAUCCCCCCUGAGUGUGUUGACCAGGUGACAGAGGUACGGGGGUUCAAUGACCCACAGAAGGAGGAGUACUUCAGGAGAAGAUUCAGUGAUGAGGACCUGGCCAGCAGAAUCAUCUCACACAUAAAGACAUCAAGGAGCCUCCACAUCAUGUGCCACAUUCCAGUCUUUUGUUGGAUUUCUGCAAUAGUACUUGAACCAAUGCUGAAACAUAAGAGAGAAGAGAUGCCCAAGACUCUGACUGAGAUGUACACACACCUUGUGGUGUUUCAUACCAAACAGAAGAAUGAAAAGUAUAUUGGGAAAGAAGAGAGGGGUCCAGACUGGAAUAAAAAGAGCAUUCUGUCACUGGGAAAACUGGCUUUUCAACAGCUUGUGAAGGGAAAUAUAAUGUUCUAUGAAGAAGACCUGAAAGAGUCUGGCAUUGAUGUCAAUGAAGCCUCAGUGUACUCAGGAUUGUGCACACAGAUCUUUAAAGAGGAAUGUGGGCUGUACCAGGACAAGGUGUACUGCUUCGUUCAUCUGAGCAUUCAGGAGUUUCUGGCUGCUGUAUAUGUGUUCCUUUCAUUCAGCAACAACAAUGAAAAUCUAAUGGCCGAACUGCAAUCAACAUCCAGCAACGAUUGUCUACUGAAGCCAGAAGUUACUGUCUACAAGAGCGCUGUGGAUAAAGCCUUACAAAAUGAGACGGGAAACCUGGACCUUUUCCUCCGCUUCCUUCUGGGCCUCUCACUGGAGUCCAAUCAGAAGCACUUACGAGGUCUACUGACAACGAUAGGAAGCAGUUCACAGACCCAUGAAGAAACAGUCAACUACAUCAAGGAGAAGAUCAGGGAGAAUCCCUCUCCAGAGAGGUGCAUCAAUCUGUUCCACUGUCUGAAUGAACUGAAUGACCAUUCUCUAGUGGAGGAGAUCCAAAGCUACCUGAGAUCAGGAAGUGUCUCCAGUGAUGAACUCUCACCUUCACAGUGGUCAGCUCUGGUCUUUGUGUUGCUGACUUCAGAAAAGGACCUGGAUGUGUUUGACCUGAAGAAAUACUCCAGAUCAGAGGAAGGUCUUCUGAGGCUGCUGCCAGUGGUCAAAGUCUCCAGAGCUGCUCUGCUGUCAGGCUGUGGAGUCACAGAGGAAGGUUGUGCUUCUCUGGUCUCAGCUCUGAAGUCAAACCCCUCAAACCUGAGAGAGCUGGAUCUGAGUAACAAUGACCUGAAGGAUUCAGGAGUGAAGCUGCUCUCUGCUGGACUGGGGAAUCCCCACUGUAAACUGGAGACUCUGAGGCUGUCAGGCUGUCAAGUCACAGAGGAAGGCUGUGCUUCUCUGGUCUCAGCUCUGAAGGCAAAUCCCUCACACCCAAGAGAGCUGGAUCUGAGGAACAAUGACCUGAAGGAUUCAGGAGUGAAGAUUCUCUCUGCUGGACUGGGGAAUCCCCACUGUAAACUGGAGACCCUGAGGUCAGUAUUCCUGUAG